AUGCCGACGCCUUCAUAUCCAGGCGGAAGCCUUGGUGAUUUUGUAACUGCAUUGGAUCGCCGUUUCGAGCAGCACGAGGACUUCCUGCGCCAGCUGCUGCUUGACAGUAAAUAUGAGUCGCCGUCGUCACAUUAUAUGGAUUCGGAGAAGACAACGCUCAGAAUGCUAUCAGGCACCGAGCAGAAGGUCUUGGAUGAGCAAGACUCCAAGACCGACCUCGGCUACAUCAUGAUGCAGCCGGAACUGGAUUCCUGGAAGCGAUAUUCCCAGAUGAGCCUAGAUGCAAAUCCAAACGCGCCCGAGAAGGAGGCUUCCGCAAGUGGCUUCCUAGAUAUGUACAACAACUUUCUGUUAACCGACCGAGAGCCGCUGCCUCGUUUAAAAGCUUUCGUUUUGGGACCCUUGGACUGGUACAUGGGUCUGGUGGUGGUCGUGAACGUUGUGCUGAUGAUCUGGCAGACAGAGCUCAUGGGAGAGCGAGCAAAGGUUGGCUUAGGGCUCCAGGAGACAUACACUGGCGGUCCUGACGAUGUGAUCGAUGAUUUGGAGUAUGCGUUCUUUUCGAUCUACUUGCUUGACGUUCUGAUUCGAGUGAUUACGCUGCGCUUGGAAUGGAUGUACCACCCCAUCGACGGAGUAAUGUACAUGAACUUGAUGGAUGCUAUCUUGGUGCUGAUAAGUGCCAUCGAGCUAUUUCUGCUUCCAGCGUUGUCUUUGGUCGGUGACGAGACAGAUCAGAGUGCCAGAGGCAUUCGAAUAUUGAAGCUCAUGCGAAUCUUCAGAGCUCUGAGGAUUGUUAAGACAGUGAACUUGUUCCACCCUCUGCGAGUCUUACUCAGUACAUGCAUUGCUAGCAUUGGUGCCCUUUUCUGGUCGAUGACCUUGAUGUUGGUGUUGAAGCUGGGCUUUUCGCUGCUCAUCUGCCAAGCCAUCCACCCGUUCCUCUUGGAUCCAUCCCUAGACAUCGCCGCGCGCCUGGAGAUCUACGGCCUCUACGGCAAUUUCUGGUAUACCAUGUACACGAUGUUUGAGAUUACGCACAGUGGUGGAUGGCCACUUCUCGUGAGGCCCGUCCUGGAAAAGCUUGGUUGGGGCUUUUCAAUCCCAUUUCUGAUAUAUGUAACUUUGGUGAUUUUCGCAGUUAUUCGUAUCGUGACGGCCCUGUUCUUGAAAGAAACGCUCACAUGUGCUGACGAUGAUGCCGCAGUGGCACUGAAAGAGAAGUCCCGGAGAACGCGCGUGUACAAAGAGAAGCUCCGCGAAGUAUUCCUGGCAGCAGACAAAGAUGGAGAUGGAAAUCUUACUCCAGAAGAAUUCUUUGCCACGCUUGGUCUUCCAAAGGUUCGAAGUUAUUUGAGUUUGUUGGAAGUCAACAUUAAAGACUGUGAUCCGCUCUUCGAGAUCCUGGAUGAUGGCGGCGAUGGCGUCAUCACAAUUGAGGAAUUUUGCAAGGGCAUCCUCCACUUGAAAGGCCAAGCCAGUGCAUUGGACAUCAUUAUGCUGCAGAGGGAGAAUCGCAGGUGUCGUUACAAAAUACAGCGCUCUGGCGCAGAGGGCGUAGUUACCCACAUUCGAAAUGUUAAUCUGCAGGUUGGAAGGAGCGACUACUUGGGCACAGCACACAAGACUUCCGGUGCACAGAAGAAGUUGAUGCGCCAAGGUGCUCCAGGUGCCGACGAACGCAGAGCAAACACGGUGCGCCGGCGCACGGUCAAUGAGGAAAUGGUUCUGCAUCCCGGAGUCAUGCUACUUGGCUGUCUCGAGCUUCUGAGCCUUCCCAGCAGAUGGCUCGAUGGGCUUGUUCGAUUGCUUCGCAUACGAAAUCCUCACGGCGUGGGCGAGUGGAACGGCGAAUGGAGUGACAAAUCCGCAGAAUGGACUGAGGGACUCUCGAGCGAGCUGGGAUGCACUGGCGUUGACGACGGCACGUUCUGGAUGGACUACACCCACUUCCUGAUGGGAUUUCAGGUGGUCGAUGUUUGCCUGGCUCAUCGCGGCUGGCAUGCUGCGAGCUUCCCCAACACUUUCUGCGCAAAGUCUUCUGGAAGUCGGAUAUGCAAGUACUUCUACGAGCUGCACUGUGAUGCAGCCACAACUCUCUAUGCCAUGGCAUUGCAGCCGACGAAGCGAGGCUCCUGGUGCAGAGAAGAUCGCAAAAAAAGCUACAAGCCAGGUGACAUCAGUUUGCUGGUGCUCCGGAUCAGGACGGUCGGAGCGUCAACUGAUUGUGCUGUGAAUGCUGCGGCAUUUGUCAAGCUGCCGGUGUUUCCGUGUACCGUCUGCAACGGUGCGAUGCUGCGGUUGUGGUUGAUCGCGCUGCCCAGGAUACUGGCUGUAUCCACGACCUCUUGCCCGUCCUGCAGUACCCGUGCGCAAGAUCAUGUUCUGCUGCAGCAUGGGCGGGCUGCGCUGAACCGUGCAAGCGCUCUCAGCAAGGGCGUGCAGGAGCCGGCUGUGCCAGACUCAGAAUUUCCUGACACGAUCUUCUUCGAUGCGGUGCUCCGGGACUUCAAGGCUGACCACCCGGACUUCCAGUCGAUGGAUGGGCACAGUGAAGGCCUGGUGGAAGACACCCUCGGUCCGGACAAGAAGCCAGUCUACAAGGGCGGACUCCAGCUGUCGAACAAGUCGAACUUCGAUCAGUGGUUUCGCGAUGUUCCUGGGGUGAAUCAGCGGAUCGAGUUCAAGCUCGACUUGAACAAGAGUGACACGGGAACGUACGUGCAUGACGAUCCGAACUUUUUCCCUGUGGAUGGCCAGGGGUGGAAGGACAGUGCAAUUGCGCUCGAUGGCCUGGAACACAAUUUCUAUUUCACCCUCGAGUUGCAUACUACGUUCGUGUACACGAGUGGUGAUCAGUUUACAUUUCGGGGAGAUGAUGAUGUUUGGGUCUUCAUGAACGAUCGUCUUGUCAUUGACUUGGGUGGUGUGCACAAUCCCAUGGAGAAGACCUUCGACUUGGAUAGCCUGAACCUGACUGAGGGUUCUGCGGUCUCCUUGAGCUUCUUCUUCGCAGAGAGACGGUGUUGUGGCUCCGAGUUUCGCGUGGAGACCAGCAUUGUGCCGGUGAAGGGCUCCUGCACGAUCUGGGGUGAUCCGCAUAUCUCCGUGUUUGACAGUGGUUUGUUCGGCGCAGAUGAGUCGGAUCCGGUCUCGAUCUUGACCAGUGGCGACUACUGGUUGGUGAAGAACCAAGAUAUUUGCAUCCAAGGCCGGUAUGGUACAACCAAGUUCACUGUCGCCGGCCAGUCUGCUCUUCUUGAGCUGGCAGUCAGUGGCCCGUUUGUGCGCAACGAGACCCUCAUCAUUCAGCCAAUGAAUGGCCAGGUUACCUGGGAUGGUGCCACCAUUUUGAAGCACAUUCCCUCCGAGUUUGUAAAACCCUUCAGCCGAAUAAAGUUUAUCGAUGGAGAUGAGCACAUCGACGAAGUUCUGAAAGGUUAUCCAGUGAAGCUGAUUCGCGCGUUUUUCGUCCGCAAUGUGGAGAUUCUGGUAAACCGCUGGCCAGAACACAUUGAUGCCAUCAUCCGCAUGCCGCAGCAGCUCUACGGCCAG